AUGGAUUCUGUUGAUCCUAUUUCAAGUCUUAUAGAGUUUGUUUAUCCUUCUCUUAUUGAAAAUUACCAAAGUUCUGGCUUUUAUCAAGAAAGAGCGAUUCUUGCACCGACGAAUGAAGUUGUUGAUGAAAUUAAUUCUCAGUUGUUGAUGAUGUUCCCAGGCGAUUCCAAGGAAUACCUAAGUUCCGAUAGUAUUUGUGAGACAGAAAAUCUACAUGAUGGUUUUGAUCAAAGUUUAUAUUCUCCCGACGUACUAAAUGGUCUUAAAAUCUCCGGUGUUCCAAAUCACAAAUUAGUACUAAAGGUUGGUGUUCCCAUCAUGCUCCUCAGAAAUAUUGAUCAAAAAAAUGGUCUGUGCAACGGAACUCGCUUAAAGGUAAUAUCACUUGGAAGUCACGUUAUUGAAGCAGAAGUGAUAUCUGGAAGCAACAUUGGUGCUCGAAUUUUUCUUCCUAGAAUUGGUAUAAUACCGUCGGAUAAGAAGGUUCCUUUUAGAUUUCAAAGAAGACAGUUUCCUGUUGCUUUAUGUUUCGCUAUGACAAUUAAUAAAAGUCAAGGCCAGUCAUUAUCCAGAGUUGGUUUGUAUUUGAAAAAUCCAGUAUUUUCUCAUGGUCAACUUUAUGUUGCUUUGUCUAGAGUCAAGAGCAGAGAUGGACUCAAAUUAUCAAUUCUUGAUAAUGAUGGUAACCUUACUAAUAGGACAUCUAAUGUUGUAUACAAAGAAGUUUUUAGUUACUUGUAA